GCGCAGCACAGAUGCAAAGAGUAAAAUAGAAAAAGAAGCCGUUCACAACUACAGACCUAUUGUGGGGCACAAGCGAUUAGAUAGCUGAGUGAGGCACGUAUACUCAGGCUGCUGGCACGGGUGAGCGCAGAGACUGCUAAGGAUUGAGCUUGUGAACUUAACGAAUCACGACAACUGGUCUAACAACUUUUCUGCCCCAAAUAUCUGGAACUUCUUAAAACCCCGUCUUUUUUGUUUGCUUUAUUAGUAAUUACAUACAAGCUAACGUAGGAUAAUGUUCCUGCAAGAGCCACAGCCUUACCAUCACACUGCGAUCCGGAGAACGUUUUCUACAGUACUCGCCCUCGCAUUGUUAUGUGGGGAGUUCUUGCCUGCGGUCUGCUCUUCUCGGCCACAUAUCGUCUUCGUUUUGGCGGACGACAUGGGCUGGAAUGACGUUAGCUUCCAUGGAUCAAACCAAAUUCCAACGCCCAACCUCGACGUUCUUGCUUCAGAGGGAAUUAUUCUUGACAACUAUUACACCAUGCAACUCUGCACACCUUCAAGGGCUGCGCUGCUUUCUGGAUUGUAUCCAAUCAGGACAGGAAUGCAAUCGGGCAUCAUCGGAAACUCUGAGCCGUGGGGACUUCCACUCAACUUGAAGCUUUUCCCUGCCCAUUUCAAAGACUUGGGCUACAAAGUACAUAUGAUCGGUAAAUGGCACGUUGGUUUCUUUAAAACAGACUAUACGCCUUUGAGACGUGGAUUUGACAGUUUCUACGGUUAUUACACCGGUAAAGCGGACUACUACGACCAUACGUCUGGCUCGGAACACGUCGGUCUCGACCUAAGGGACAACGAGACACCGGACUGGGGAGAAAACGGGACUUACACUACUCACUUGUUUACUGAGAAGUUUAUUUCGCUAAUUGAGAAACACGACAAAUCUAAGCCAUUUUUUGGCUACUUGAGCCACAUGGCCCCACACCUGGGCAAAAAUAUGGACCCUUUUCAAGCGCCUGAAGAGAAUGUGAGAAAAUUUUCUUACAUAGGUGACAAAGACAGGAGCCGCUAUGCAGGCAUGGUAGACGCACUGGACGAAUCGGUCGGCGCCGUGUUGGACGCCCUCUAUAGGGCCGGCAUGCUGAAUGACACCAUCUUCGUGUUCAGCUCGGACAACGGUGCAGCCCCCUUUGGCGAAGACUUAAGCGGUAGCAGCAGCUGGCCACUCCGUGGAUACAAAGGCACUCUCUGGGAAGGCGGGAUACGCGCCCCGGCAUUUAUCUGGAGCACGCGACUCAAGAAGCGGCGUCGGGCUUCUCGUCAAAUGAUGCACAUCGUCGACUGGUUGCCCACACUCUACUCAGCUGCCGGUGGAAGCGUCUCGCACCUGGGCCCAACGGAUGGCGUCGACAUGUGGCAUGCGCUGUCGGAAGCCACCGCCUGGCCACGCAAGGAAAUACUGCACAACAUCGACCCGCAGUCUGUUGCCAUGGCGCUGAGAGUGGGCAGCUACAAGCUAUUGGUUCAGACACCCAGAAACAACAGCAAGGACAACCGCAACCCGGCAAAAGGUGCGGAUCUACCACUGGACGACUUGGUGCAGCUACGCGCCGGUUCAAGGGCUGCAAAGGUGUUAAGGCCACUGUACGGUCCCCUCCGCCACGAAACUGACAAGAACUGGACGCGGGAGGCGACAGUGGACUGCGGGCCUGCUGCCGGCAUGACACCACCGGGGAAGUCUCCCUACCUGUUGGACAUUGAGCGGGACCCCUGCGAGACGCGCAACCUGGCCACAUCGCACAAAAGGGUGCUGCGCUCUCUCUACAAGAAGCUGAGCGCCUACAUGCAGCAAAUGGUACCUCCGCGGACACAACCGGUGGACCCACGUUCGUAUCCGGAGAACUUCGGUGGUGUCUGGUCUCCCUGGCUUGAUUAGAAACUCGGUCAACUAUGCGCAACGAUUCGAGAUUUCCCACGCGACGACAUACCCGGGAGAUCCGUAGCGUGACACGUGCUUUUUUUUUCUUUACAAUAACCUGCUAUACUCAUGAAAUACCGCCGCCCGCACCAGGAACGAAGACUAGUCAAGGCGAGAACACUGGCGAUAAGCUCAAACACCCCUGUAAAGUUGCACGUGUGCUGACGUGUUCCUUCAGCCAUCUUUGACACUGUCUCUUCCACGUGUCGUGCUGCAUUUCAGAGGUAUGCAACACCAACUCACCUUCCAUUCUGUCUGCCUGAGUAUUUCAGUUCAUGACAAAAGUUUAUAUUUUUUCGCAAUAAAGCUGUCCCCUCUCCGUA